CCUGCGGGGGAGGGGGAGCAAGUGGGUUGCUGCUUUUAGCAGCUGAAAGGGCUGCAGGGAGCUCUGGGUAAGACAUUUUCUGCUGCUGCUGCUUCUGCAGUAGAAGCUGCCGCGAGUAAGGCAGAGGAAGGAGACUGAGAGGGAGGAAGCUUCAGUUGCAGCCAUGCUGAAUCACUGUUGCUGAUCACAUCUCCCGCCGGCUGGCAGGAGAACGGAGCUAGAGCCCAGGGUGCUUGCACAGCUCACGACUAGUCAGUCACCCUGGCUGGGCCUCGCAUAAUGGAAGGAGAAAGCAUCAAGCCCAGCUCCCAGCCCCCAAUUCAGGCUGGGGAUGAUGAUAAGAACCAGAGGACUAUCACCGUCAACUCUGCCCACAUGGGGAAGGCGUUCAAGGCUAUGAAUGAAUUGCGAAGUAAGCAGCUGUUGUGUGAUGUGAUGAUCGUGGCAGAAGAUGUGGAGAUUGAAGCCCACCGUGUGGUUCUGGCAGCCUGCAGCCCUUACUUCUGUGCGAUGUUUACAGGUGACAUGUCUGAGAGUAAAGCAAAGAAGAUUGAAAUCAAAGAUGUGGACGGAAAGACACUGAGUAAGCUCAUCGACUAUAUCUAUACGGCUGAGAUCGAGGUGACGGAGGAGAAUGUGCAGGUACUGCUUCCUGCUGCCAGCUUGCUCCAGCUCAUGGAUGUUCGGCAAAACUGCUGUGACUUCCUGCAGUCCCAGUUGCAUCCUACCAACUGCCUGGGCAUCCGUGCCUUUGCUGACUUACACACGUGCACUGACCUCCUGCAGCAGGCCAAUGCUUAUGCAGAGCAGCACUUUCCAAAGGUGAUGCUGGGGGAAGAAUUUCUUAGCCUAAGUCUGGACCAGGUGUGCAGCUUGAUAUCCAGUGAUACACUGACGGUUUCUUCAGAAGAGAAGGUCUUUGAAGCUGUAAUUUCCUGGAUAAAUUAUGAGAAAGAAACCCGUUUAGAGCACUUGGCAAAGCUGAUGGAACAUGUCCGGCUCCCUCUUUUACCUAGGGAUUACCUAGUCCAGACAGUUGAAGAAGACGCUCUGAUAAAAAAUAACAAUACCUGUAAGGACUUUCUCAUUGAAGCCAUGAAAUAUCAUCUCCUCCCUCUGGAUCAGAGGCUCUUGAUUAAAAAUCCAAGGACCAAGCCCCGGACUCCAGUCAGCCUGCCCAAGGUCAUGAUUGUGGUCGGAGGCCAGUCACCCAAGGCAAUCCGCAGUGUGGAAUGCUAUGAUUUUGAGGAGGAACGAUGGAACCAGAUUGCUGAGCUUCCCUCCAGGAGAUGCAGAGCAGGUGUGGUCUUCAUGGCAGGCCACGUAUAUGCCGUGGGCGGGUUUAAUGGUUCCCUGCGAGUGGGCACCGUGGAUGUGUACGACAGCGUGAAGGACCAGUGGACGUCUAUCGCCAGCAUGCGGGAACGCCGGAGCACUCUGGGGGUUGCAGUGCUCAACGACCUUCUAUAUGCAGUGGGUGGCUAUGAUGGCAGAAUUGGCCUAGCAUCUGUGGAAGCCUACAGCUAUAAGACCAAUGAGUGGUUCUUCGUGGCCCCAAUGAACACAAGGCGGAGCAGUGUGGGUGUUGGUGUGGUAGAGGGGAAGCUGUAUGCUGUUGGGGGUUAUGAUGGGGCAGCCUGCCAGUGCCUGAGCACCGUGGAGCAGUAUAACCCAGAGACCAAUGAGUGGACGUAUGUGGCAGACAUGAGUACCCGCCGCAGUGGUGCAGGGGUCGGGGUCCUCUGUGGGCAGCUGUACGCCACAGGUGGGCACGACGGGCCCUUGGUGAGGAAGAGCGUUGAGGUUUACGAUCCUGGAAAAAACGCCUGGAAGCAGGUGGCUGACAUGAACAUGUGUCGGCGCAAUGCAGGGGUCUGUGCAGUGAACGGGCUCCUGUAUGUGGUUGGUGGGGAUAAUGGAAUCUGCACCCUGGCAUCAGUGGAAUACUACAAUCCUGCCACAGAUAAGUGGACCAUGCUGCCAACCAACAUGAGCAUGGAGCGGAGCUAUGCAGGUGUUGCUGUGAUUCACAAGCCCCUGUGACCCCGACUCCCACUGCCAGGGGAGGAAGGGAGGUGCUACUUGAGGUUUGGAACAGCAGGCCCGUGAGACUGGAUGCCACCCACUGCCAAUGUGCCCAGCCUGUAAUGGAGACUGUUCUUCUCAGACCAGCACAAAGAGUGGGGAUCUACCUCCUGCUCUCCAAGGUGGUUCAGCCUCUGCCCUGCACAGUGGGUAGCUGUGAUAGCAUGGCAGCACGUGUGUGUGCGUGUUUGUGUG